CUCGAGGAUGCCGAAUUGCGCCAGUGGCAUCCUCAACGUGCUUACCAAUGCGAUCGGGGAGUUUGGGUAUAUAAGUGCUCAGUUGGCACCCCCAAUCCCUCUCAGAAUACAGCCCCAGAGCUUUAGCAACACGACCGCGAGGAUCUCGAUAAAAUGGCAUCUGCAUUGAAGAACGUUGUGCUCGUCGGUGCUGGGGGCAACCUGGGCUCGCAUGUCCUCGCGGCAUUCCUUGCUUCAGGCGCUUUCAACAUUACCGUCCUGUCGAGGGAGUCUUCCACCAGCAUCUUCCCGGACGGUCUCCGGAUUGUCCGAUCCGACUACAGCCACGGAUCUCUCGUUGCAGCGUUCCACGACCAGGACGCUGUGAUCAGCCUCGUGGGACGAUCCGGCUACGCGGACCAGCAGAAGCUAGUCGAUGCUGCGCUUGCGGCGGGCGUGAAACGAUUCAUUCCCAGCGAGUUCGGCAACAAUUCCGCCGAUGCACGGGUGCGGGCGUUGGCGCCGAUUCUGGAGGGCAAGAAGGCGAAGAUCGACUACCUGAGACAGAGGGAGCAUCGAAUGAGCUGGACCACAGUCAUUACAGGGGCCUUCUUUGACUACGCUCUCCGAAUCGGCUUCCUAGGCUUUGACCUCAAGGCCCACGACGCGACGAUCUACGACAAUGGCACCGUGCCUGCUUCCGUCAGCACCUUGCCUCAAAUCGGCCGUGCACUGGUGGCCAUUCUCGAGCACCCCGAAGCCACGGCAAACCAGUACGUCUACGUGGAGUCCUUCACGGUCACGCAGAAUGAGGUCCUCGAGGCUUUGGAAAAGGCCUCCGGUGAGACAUGGACGCUCAACAACGUGAAUCUCAGGCCACUGAUCGAGGAAAGCACCGAGAGGUUCAAGCAGGGUGACCUUGCGGGUGCACGCAUCUUGAACCUGGCGGCUGGGGUGGCCAGGUUUCCGGAUGGGCCAUAUGGCGAUUGGAGCACGGUGCCAGGUGGAUCAUGGAAUGGGCGAUUGGGAUUAGAGAAGGAGGAUUUGGAUGAUGUCGCUCGGUCGCUCCUUGGGGAGGACGGCACGAUUGGCAAGGCUUAACUAGAUUUUUUACACGGUAGACUAGAAAAACUAGGCAUAGCCUCAGGGCUAGGGCCGAUUUCCU